AUGGUGUUCAACACCAAAAGGUAUUAUCAAAUAAGGACAUCAUUCGAGAUCCUUACGAACCUUCCUCACACAGUUGAAGGAAAAAUUUUUCAUACUAAAGAUGGUUUGGCUUCAGUAAAGGGCAAUGUCUUCUCCACCAGCAUAUUUGAAAUGGUCGAUACCACUAGUGCUAUUACAAUCGAUGAUGUCGCAAUCUACACCAUUAAUAUCCUCCUGGAUACGAGUAAAAUUGAAGAGACUCUGAAUGCCCUGGAGAGCAGGAUUGUCUUCGACGUAUGCUAUGCAUCAUUAAACAAUCCUAAGGAUUUGGUACCAUUCUUCAGCCAGGACACAACACUGCACUUUAACCUGCAUCAAGGGAUUCAUGACCACAUGAAUAUAAUGUUUAAGUCAUUUUCAAAGUCAUCGAUCGAGGUUCAUGCCAUGUUGGUUGUAUUACAACCCCCACUGAAGAGCUUUUAUGAGAAAACCUCAGGAGUCAAAAGAAUUCCUUGGAUCCAAAGGACAAAGACUAAAAUACAGAAGUUGAAAAGUGCCAUUUUUGGCAAAACCUGCAAAAAGAAAUUGUCAAAUGUUAAAUGUUUUGUGAUAAAAGAGAAACAACUGCAGCAUGCCUACCGUUUCCAUUCAACACUACGGUCCUGCUUGCUGCUUUCCUAUGAUGGAUUCUGCAGAUACUUGACCUCCAUAUCAGAAACGCUGCCUUCCUCAUUCAGGCUGGAACUUGAAAAACUUGAUAUAAAAGCCCGGCUCAGCGAGUUUUCUGACAAAGUGACGGAAAUGGAAGACCUCGAUGAUGUGGCGGAAGCAAUAAAUGCCAGCCUAAUCCAGCUAUCAGCCGAACUUCUAAAUCUGUGGGGAACAUUUCUUCAAGUCUCCUUGGAAAAUAAACUAUUGCAGCAGAAAAUGAAGAAUGAAAACUUCAAAAAUUUGUUCUUUUCUACUGAGCAUCUGAGACAAGAAGCUGUUUUAUAUGAUGAGAAAACCGUCCAAAGCCAUAAACGGAUUUAUAAAAAAGUAAAAAAAGCUCUAAAAGUCAAUGGUCCUCUCGAGUGCCUGGACGAGAACGUGAUAUUGAAAUCUCCUCCCGUUAUCUUCGAAGACCGAUACUUACACCCUGACGCAAUAGAUGACUAUUCAGAAGAUGUUGAAUCCUCCGCUUUUGUCUACGCCAAAGAUAUACGCAGGAGACUUGAAUCAAUCUGUCCUAUCAAAAUAACAGACACAGAUCAUGAUUUAAAUACUUUCUUUUAUAAAAUUUCAUCUCCGUUAAUGCAUGGGUUAUUUAAAGUCAAAAAAGUACUGAGAGAUCAGAUAUGUAUGUCCCUUACUGGUAAAUAUCCUACUCUGGACCCCAAGAACCUUAAUCUGAACAUGAUGCUAGACGACGGCUCAAAUGAAGGGAUAUCUGUGCAUAUGAGGAUGAGAUAUAUGAAUGAAGAGCAAGUAAUAAUUACCUUUGUAUAUGGAUAUCUUGGUGGAAGAACUACUGUCAUCGGGCAGCUAGAAAACAAGCAUGAAACUCUGACUAAAUACAAUUCUUUGGCUAAUCGUCUGUUGAGUCAAAUUGCAGAAAUGAAACAAUCUAAGAAUCUGGAAAUAUCCACGAUCAGGUAA